CAUGGCGUACCUCACGCACUGCUGCGGUUGCAUGACAGUUCGAACUGGAACAAUGGUGUUGGCCAUCUUAAAUAUGAUCGGCAGUGUAAUUUCCCUGGCUGUCAUUUCCGUCCUCGCCGGGUUCCUCAAGUCGACUGCGAACAUCCAUGCAAACGAGCCGUCGCUGUACCGCGCGGCUAUGGGUGGGUUCGCUCUACUCGUCCUGCUAGCCAUCAGCUCCGGCGUCGUGUUCAUCGCGGCCUGCCUGUGCCUAUGGGGGGUACGCAGGAAUAAUCGUCUCUACGUCUUGCCUUUCCUGAUAUGUCAACUCGUGGACUUGGUGUUCCGAGCGAUCCUUGUCAUCUUCCUGAUCGCAGUUCUCGCAACCACCAUCUACUUUUUCUGGGUAGUUGUGUCCUACUACAAGCAACUGGAGUUUGCCGAGAGAAACCCAGGCGUUGCCACGAUGCCUGCCGCUCAAGUUGUGCCUCCUAUGUCCUACGUGCCACCUCCCAGUGCCCCGCCUUCGGCUCCGGGAGUCCACAAUUCAGGAUACGUUGUGUGA